GUUUCCUCACUCGAGCUGUGAGACUUUAUUUCCGUCUUUAAUCUCUCUCGUUUCUGAACUUUCACAGAGUUUCUAGAAGGGUUGAUGUACAUAUUUGCUCAUCAUGAAUAGUAGGUCAAGUUUUGCACAACUUAUGAAUCAAGCAAAAGAAACAAACGAGAAGCCAACACAAAGCUUUAGUUUACCAGUGGAGCCGAACGCAGGACUUUUUACUAUCGGAAAACCAGCAGAUGAUAAGCCCCAGGAAAAAAAUAAAGACAGCACUCCCAAAGGCAUAAACAAAGACAGAGUCGUGGGCAGAGAUUUGUGGCCAGCUUUUAAUGUACUCGAGACUCCAUGGAGAUCAGUGAACUGGACCUCUGAAUCCAGGAAGGAACUGAUGGAGAUGGUCGAGUCAUACAAACCGGCCAGCGGGGCUGUGUCCGAGGCCAGAGUCCUGCUUCUGGGUCCCGUUGGUGCGGGAAAGUCCAGUUUCGUUAGCUCUGUGCAGUCAGUCUUUUCUGGACGUGUCCUUAACCGGGCCAUGGUGGGCUCAUCUACUUCUGCAAGCUUCACAAAAAAGCUCCAGUCAUUCCCCAUCAGACGGAGUGGAGAGAAAUCAGACCCCACAGCUCUGGUCCUGUGUGAUAUUAUGGGGAUUGGAGACGGAGACUCGACGGGACUGAGCCUUUAUGAUGCGCUGUGCGUUAUUAAAGGACAUGUGAUAGAGGGACAUCAGUUCAGUGCAGAAGAGCCAGUCAGAUCUGACAUGGGCUUCAUAAAGAAACCGAGCCUCAAAGACAAGAUUCACUGUGUGGUGUUUGUGGUGGAUGCGUCAAAAAUCAACACCUACGCCAAAGGACUGAGCAACACGUUCCGGCAGCUCCGAGAAAACAUCAGCAGCCUGGGUGUGCACCAGGUAGCGCUGCUGACUCACGUGGAUGAAGUGUGCACAGUCACAUGUCGAGAUGCCAGCCAGGUGUACAUAAGCCGCAAUGUUCAGCAGCUGAUGGUGAAGGCCGGAGAACUUCUUGGAAUGGCCACGUCCUAUAUCAUACCUGUGAGAAACUACUCCUCCCAGCUGGACCUUGAUGAGAGCACAGACAUCUUACUGCUCAAAGCUGUCGAUCACAUCCUACAGUACGCUGAUCUGUACUUCCAGGACGGUGCUGUGGAUUAUAAAGUUACCAACUAGAAAUGCAGAAUUCAAUGCAUUGAUACGCCAUUUAUUUCUUAUUUUCACUUAAGGUUUUUUUCUUCUUCAAAGUAGUUACUGUUAUCUAGUUAACUAAUAGCUAAUGUUAUAGUUGGGGUCUAUUCUGUGCAAUAUAUAAUUUUGUGUAUUUCAGUUUAAAAAUCACAUAUACAAAAAAUGUCUGAAGGUGAAUUGGUGAAGCUAAAUUGCCUAUAGGUGUGAGUAAGUGUGUGAAUGUGUGUGUACUAGACAUCCCAACCACUCUGUAUUCCUGUCUCACACCCAGUGUUUCCAGGAUAAGCCAAAAAUGAUUUUUUUAAAAAUGGAAACUGAGAUAAGUAGGUAGAUAGAUAGAAAGAUAGAUUAGAGUUUCCCAACCUUUUUUCAGUCAGGGCACCCUUUGAAAAUUAAAAAAACAUUUGUGGCACCCUACACAAACACUAAUGCUAGACAGCGUUAACCCUGGUUUAUAUUUGAUGCGUCUGCAAUAGCGCGAGGGAGCACGCGGAAAAAAUGACGUCAUCGCGGAGUGGGCGGUCGAGCGCGUUGAGUGCGUGAGGCUUCAUUCCACGUGGUAGUUUGCACGCCAUUUUUUGCUACUUGCCGCGUGGCACCGGAUCUGGAAAUGAAUUACUUUGAGGCGACUCUUGCCGAAAGAUACGAUUGUACAGGCAUCUCUAUGAUCCAUCCAUGCGGGACCAAAGAGAUAGAGAUUAUCCAUCCAUGCGAGACCAUAGAGAUAGAGAUGAUCCAUCCAUGCGGGACCAAAGAGAUAGAGAUGAUCCAUCCAUGCGGGACCAAAGAGAUAGAGAUGAUCCAUCCAUGCGGGACCAUAGAGAUAGAGAUGAUCCAUCCAUGUGGGACCAUAGAGAUAGCCAGAUGGCACAAAAAUCAUGGAAAGGUUUUUAAAAAUAGUGAUUUUGAUUUGCUUUGUACAUACUGCUGAAAGAAUAAAGCCAAAGCUGAAAGUGUA